AAAUAUACCCUUGAAGAUUAUGAACCUUCACCCCCAAUCAAUCUGAACUCCGCUAACAGUUCUCGUUCUAUUUGUUCAUGAAGCGAAAAUAUGUUCGAUGCAAGUUGUGAAGCAUUCCCGAUCGUGACCGAGACCUUGCUAUGCCACUCAAGGGUGCAGCAUAUCGGCCUACCGGAGUACCAGAGUAUUCGUGUUCUAUCAGUCUACCUCAAUCCUCAUUGUCAGCGUGAUCUUUGAAGCGACUAGACUUGGUGGCUGUGACUUCGAGGAUUCAUUUAGUAUACGAGAUGAUGAAGGAAGAAGAAAGAAAGUUUGAUAAUGUGCUCAUUGAACUUGGAGAGUUUGGUCGGUAUCAAAUAUGGGUCUACAACCUGCUGUGUCUCUUUGAAUUCAUCGCUCCAUGGCAGAUCCUGGUCUUCAUGUUUCUUUCUGGAGAAGCUGAUCACUGGUGCAAGAUACCAGAAUGGGAUUCGGUAGACUGUGGAAGCUACGGGUUCAAUACUUCCAGAGAAUGCGCCUUAGAGAAAAGAGAAGUCGGCAUCCCUUGGGACUACUCGAACGAUUCUCAGACGGAAAAGGUAUACUCAUCUUGUAUUCGUUAUAAUACAAGCGGAGCCGAUUUUAGUCCAGAUCUUGAUCUACAGGAAUCCAACACAUUUUCUUGUGAUGCUGGUUGGGUAUAUGACAACCAAGAAACUAAGGAGAGGACAGUGGAACAGGACUUCAAUUUAGUUUGCGGAUUGGGGUACCAGUCUGCACUUGCGCAAUCUCUCUUCUUCGCUGGUACUGCCGCCGGGUCUUUGGCGUUUGGAUUGUUCUCUGACAGGUAUGGACGUCAUCAGACCCUGUUCACGUGCACGACUGCCAUUAUAAUUAGCGGAACAGCCCUAUCAUUCUCCGUCAACAUCUGGAUGUUCAUGGUACUGAGAAUGAUCACAGGGGCGUUUACGAUUGGAAUGUUCCAAUCAGCCUUCGUACUUGCAAAUGAAAUGAUUGGUCCUUCCAAGCGAGCCAUUGCUGGUAAUGUGAUAUGGAUCCACUUUGCACUAGGCUACAUGUUAUUAUCCCUGCUAGCAUUCUACGUUAGGAACUGGCGUCAUCUGCAGCUGAUUGUUUCCUUGCUACCUGCUGCUCUGCUCUUCAUAUACGUGCUGGCUCCUGAAUCUCCACGUUGGUUGUUGUCAAAGGGCCGUGUCAGGGAAGCAACGGAGAUCAUGCGCAAACUAGGCAAAGUCAAUGGAGCCGAAAUUAAAGAGACAUUCAACUUGGACAAUGUGAAAACGGAUAUGAAAGUCGAGGGCGGUGGAGACCAGGGUUUGAUUGAACUACUACGCAGACCUCGUUUACGUCUCUACACGCUAAACCUCAUGUUCCAGUUAUCUGUAAACACGGUGGUGUACUACGGCAUAUCCAUGAGCACCGAUUCUCUUGGAGUCAACAAAUACAUUGCCUUUGCUAUUGCGGGUGCUGUUGAGAUUCCUGCUAUUUUCUGUGUCAUUCGUCCACUUGAAAAGUGGGGGAGAAGACCGGUUUACAUUUUCUUUAUGGCCUUAUCUGGAGCCGCCAUUUUAGCCACAAUUUUCAUUCCGUUUGGUAUUGGACGAGCCGCAGUAGCAAUGAUUGGAAAGUUUGCCAUCACAUCUUCCUUCUGCAUUGUCUACCUCCAUGCUUGUGAGAUUAUUCCGACUCCAGUUAGGGUUUCUGCUCUUGGCAUGUGUACCCUCUGCUCAAACAUGUCCAACAUUUUAGCCCCACUGAUCCUGCUCCUUUCCAAAAUCUGGAAUCCGUUUCCUCCCGUCAUUUUUGGCUGCUUUGCUUUCAUCGGGGCAGGAACUUCCUACUUCCUUCCAGAAACCAGAGGCAAAAAGAUACCAGAAACGAUAGAAGAGGGAGAAAACAUCGGAUGGGAAGCUGCACCAAGAAUAAAAAGUCACGUCGUGAAUAGUUCGAAGUACUCCGAUAUCGACUACCACAAAGCAGGUGAAGAGAUGAACGAGACACAGUCACCAAUUUAAAUUGUAUAAAUGUAAGUCAUUGAGUCAUUUGAAUUGUUCUAAUGUUUCCUCUCCCAUUGUUCCAAUCCGACAAGUACUGGACAUGUAAUUUUUGUGCCUAUUUAAAGAAUUACCCAAUCAAUAUUGCAUUGAUGAUUAUUUGUUAGUUACAGAUAGUGAUUUGAAUAUCUCUACGCAUUUCGUAAAAAUAAAUUUUAAUCAACGCUCUGAAGAUGCACGUCCAAAUGUAUCUCUGUCUUUGGAAAAAAAGUCUUAAAAUAGCUCAUUUGAAUUGUUUGUCUCUAACUAAACAAAUUGAUGAAUUGAUUCUUACUGUCCAUGAUUUAGAUUUGAAUGUCUUGACACUCAGCGGGACACACUUGAGUGAUAAUAUUGAUGAUGCUGACAUUUUUAUUCUGGUUAUACAUUACUCAGGCGUGAUCGUAACCGCUAUGGUGGUGGUAUAGAUUUUUAAAAUCAGGUAUUAAAUUUGUGACAAGGGAGGAUUUGGCGUCAAAUACCGAUUUAGAGAUAUUAAUUGAUGAAAUCAUUCAUGCUAAACAAAAUAAUCAUGGCCUUGUACUGCGUACCUUAUUAAAUCAGAGUUCCCAUUCCCCAUUCCCCUCACCCUUCUUAAAAUGUAUGCAGGGACCCAGGAAUCUGGGAUCGAUUAUCACCGGAAAUAUUUGUCAACCUUUGCAAACAAUUCAAGAGGGAGGACAGCAAUGAGAAACUUUGCUUUAAGCCAGGCGCGGAUCCAGGAUUUCUUAGGGGAGGGGGCCCAUUUUUUUUUCACCCGAAAAGUUGAAAAUCGCGCCUGCCGAAAAUUCGCUUAAUGGGG